AUGGCAUCCAUCAAAUCAUACGAACUUGUCACAACAAAUCUCAAACGCACAAAGGCAGAGCUCAGACAAAACGAUGGAACACCGAUCUACGAAGUCGACCUGUCCUUCGCAACCACAGAUUGCGUGCGUUCUACUCAUCCAGAUCGUCACGCUAUAGUCCUUGCAACCUCUUCAUCGUCCGAUGCGAUCCAAACAACACUAGGCACAUGCGACUUCACCUUCCGCUCCAUGACUACACCAAUUCAUCUCGGCUUUGGUAAUCCUGCAGACAAGGUAGACGCCAUGAUUUGGGAAGACAUGCAUGUCCGCGAGAAAAUGCGGCAAUCUGGUUUCGAACUCACAAUCGAUUUGGGCGGUACGAUUGGACGCAAAGUGUUUGACUGGAAGCGUACACAUGACAUUACUACACAAUCUGCAUUGGGCAAGAAGUUGGACACACUGCAUCUGAAGAUGGUGGAGCGAGACACCGACACAGUGGUCGCAAGAUUUGUGCAUCAUUUCAUGUUUGGAAGUAAGAGAGGCACUUUUGAGCUUGAGCAGUAUGAAGGUGGCAGUGACUGGGAGAGAACGGUUCUCCUGAGUGGACUGGCUGUAUUGGAGUAUAUGAGGAAGAGUCAGGGAUGGUCGUGGUAA